GUCUAGACUCUGGUUCUGGCUUUUAAAAAACCUUCAGUGAAGAAUCUUGUAACAUUUAUUCGUGCCUACAGCAACGCAUUUACACGAAACAACGGGUGAUAUACGAUGUUCUGUUUGUAAUUUUGCGCACCAUGCGCAAACUGCUGCGCUCGAGUUCUCUUUCCGAAUUAAUUAUUUAAGUAGAGCGCGUGGUAUUUGGAUAAUAUUAACCUUCAGGGUUUACCGACAUCGGAUGCAUGGUCAAAGAUUCUUUUCAUUCAUGGACCGUCUCUGAGGAGGUGUCUCCUGGAGAUGACAUGAACUUCGAAUUCCCCUACUGCAGCAUGAAAGACUCGGACCCGGUCAACAUUCGACACUUUCCCAGUGCUGGAAACACCAGCUCACCCCAGUUUCCCCCCUCACGCUCAUCACCUCUCCGCAGCGGGGCCACUGCCACAGGGAAAGCUGCAGCACCACCUCCUCCCUCAUGCCUACAGUCUGGUCCACACCUGCUGGCCAGCAUGCAGCUCCAGAAACUCAACAGCCAUUACCAGAGUCUGGUCGGUGCAACAACAGGGGCAGCUGGCGCGUCUCCGAGGGGGUAUGAGAUGCUUCCGCUGGGGAGGCAGGGCUCUGCUGUCCCUAGAGCGAGCCAGGUGACUCCUGGGAUUGUGGACCCCAUGCCAGUGGAUGAGGAAGUGCUGAUGUCACUGGCUAUGGAGUUCGGCCUGGACCAGGCAAAUAAGGAGCUACCUGAACUUUGGCUGGGACAGAAUGAGUUUGAUUUCAUCUCUGAUGAGCCAGGUGGAUGCUGACACUUUGCUUGUGCGCACGUACCCACACAUGAGGGACUGCACAUUGUCAAAGUGUUAUAUCUGUGUUGGAGGUGGAUGGAGCACACAUAUUUACAGCUUGAACUUUUAAGUCACAAAACUGUUGUUGUGAGAUGUUAUAUGGUAAAUUGCUUUUGUGUUCAUCUGUUUGCAUGGAGAUUAUAUGAUAUGAUAACACAUCAGUGUUAAUUUCGUCAGCUUUUUUAAAAUUUAGUCUUAGUCACAAUGACGAAAAUCAUUUUUAGUCUUAGUCAUAUUUAGUCAUUGCCUUCCCAAUUUAGUCAAAUUAGUUGAGAUUUGGUACUUUCUACAUAACAUGUCAAUGUUCAAUACUUGGUUAGGACCGUCUUAAUCUGUCUUAAUCACUGCCCUGAUGCAUUUAACAUUGACGUCAAUGGCAGGGGCUUAAAUUCUAAAUAACCAGUAAUAAAACCCCAUUCAUUUUCAAUGGUUUCAACGCCUGCGUUACUCGAUUUUCGCACUCUGGAACCCAUUAUUCAAAAACAUCGUUUUGUGCCACGUUUCUGGUGGGUUUCAUAUGGUUAGUCCAGGGGAACGUUGUCACUGGCAUAGAAAAUCAUUCCCGUAUAGCCAGCCCCUUAAACUGGGGAGUUAGCACCAAAACAUGGCAUGGAAAUCUACAGGGUAUAUUGAAGAGUGAAGUGUGGGUCACCAGAUCAAACAAACAAAAACAGCUGACAGCAAAGCAUCAAGGAUCUGGGCUCCACAAGUACAGACAGAGGAGGGAGUUCGCAUAAAUACACCCCGGGGCACUGAAUGGAGGAUACCAUUACGCACAAGGAGAAAGGUUGAUUGAGUUUGAAAUGUCCUCCAGGGUUUGUUUUUUUUCGGUCAGACAGAGGUGGCUCCCCAGUUUGAAGCUGGGCAGGGUGGCUGGACAGGGUUCCCCUUUUAAGAUUUGACACAUUGGUAGUAUGUCUUGGAAAGGAGAUGGCAACCAAAAAGACAGACUCAUGCAAUGAAAUCGUUCAUAAAAAUAUAAUUUCUGCUUCUUUCACAAAGGGGUUUGAAUCAACAUAUGAAUGAAUGAACAUAUGAAUACAUGUCUGUAUUUAAAAGCGAUAUUAAAUUACUGAUUUGACCCAUUGAAAUGGAUUACAUUUCACUGAUUAAAAGGUUACAUGUAUUAACAAAAACUGUAAAAUAAAAAAGAACAAUGUCUGCACACAUCCUUUUGUUCAUUUAACAGCUGAGUGUAGUGUGCAGACAUUUUUUGUCUUGGUACACAUAACACACAUGACAUUAUCUCUGUUACGGAAAUGUUAUACACUAUGUUGACAUCUGAUUUUGGUGUGUGCCUUUCCAUAUACUUUUCAUCCAUCAUGGAUGAUCCAUGCAUUGAAAUAUGCAACUGAAGUUAUAUUUGGUUAGUGUUUUAAUGUCUUUAUGUCUUUAAUGUAUUUAUGUCUGAAAUAGGCCACUUUACCAUGCAAUAUAUCAUGCUGCCACCUUGUGGCUUUUUUGGACAAUUUCUGUUAAUUUACUGCA